AUGGCCGACGCUAUAUCAUCCUUCAUCCGGAGAGUAAUCGUCGAAUCUCCUCCCGGAGAAUGGGCUAUGCGCCAGCUUCGCGACCUGCUCAUCGGCGCCCUUAAACAAGGACCCAUUCCCCAACAUGUCUCCUUCGAGAUGGACGGCAACCGACGAUAUGCUCGAAACCACAGAAUGGAGGCUCUAGAAGGCCACCACCGAGGAUUCGAGGCACUGGCAAGGAUUAUGGAAAUCUGCUACAAGUCUGGUGUCAAGGUGGUGACCGUGUACGCCUUCAGUAUCGAGAACUUUAACCGUCCCGCGAGGGAGGUAGAGGGCCUGAUGGAGCUGGCUAAGACCAAACUGGAGCAAUUGACCAAAUACGGCCACAUCCUCGACCGUUACGGUGCGCGAGUGCGCGUCUUGGGACAGCGCGAGAUGAUUCGAGAGGAUGUACUCCAAGUUGUCGACAAGGCUGUCGCAAGAACGAGACACAACAACAAGGCCGUCCUCAACAUCUGUUUCCCCUACACAUCACGGGCUGAGAUCACAACAGCGGUGAAGUCAACAGUUCAAGAGUUCCUCGCCCCCUCUCCUCCUCGAAGCACACCUUUCUCACCAUCGCGAAUCCGAAGAAAGAUCCUCUCCCGCCAACUGGACGCCCACGAGGGACUACCCAUGAUCCCCGAUACCGUGGCCGAGGAGACCGAGCCCUCUGACGGCGACGAUCUCAAGAAGGAGAAGGACAGCGACGGAGAUUCUUCAUCACCUACAUUGCUCCCGGAUUCCCCCCCACCUCGCCUGCGGGCACGAAACAGCGCCGCCAGUCUUUCAGGCUUACCGAAUCCCGAGACGAUCACAGCCGAAACUCUCGAUAAGCAUAUGUACACCGCAAACGACCCACCUCUGGACAUAUUUGUGCGAACCAGCGGCGUGGAACGACUCAGCGACUUUAUGCUUUGGCAGUGCCAUCAAGACACACAGAUCUUCUUCAUCGAUACCCUGUGGCCCGACUUUGAUCUCAAGGACUUUAUCUGGAUCUUACUGGAGUGGCAGUGGAGGCAGAAGCAGAAGGACCGUGACGACACCACAGUCCGAGCAACCUCUGUUACAGCGUGA